AUGGUAGAUAUUCAGGUUGGUCUGGACAAGGACUCUACCAAGGCCCAGCUCCUGGACAGUGUCCCAGGACUGGAGCACUUAGUGAUAACUGCAGUCUUUACUACAGCCGGGCCAGUCCUGCUGCUGCUGCUGGUGCUGGACAGCUUCCUUCCCUUCAACCUAAUCCAUAGGAAGUGGGAACCUGCAGGUCCCACCUUGGUGCAACACAGAUGUCUCACAAGGGACCAGAAUCCGGGGGCCAUCGAGGAUCCAAGAUAGCAGGUGACUUCCCUCUUCCUAAAGGGACAACCCAGCCUCUAAGACAUACUUCUGUUGCUCCUAGGCUUGGGGAAGCUGUUGGGAACCCACAGCAUGACCAUGGCCAUGCUGGGCCUGGCUUUGUGUGGUCAUCCUUGGGCCAGAGGGCAUUCAAAACAUCAAAUGCUCCUCCCCAUACACUAG